GACCUAACCAUCUUCCCCGGCCAACCAACCUUCACUUCUGGUUUGCCACGUCACCACCUCUCCUAAACUGACAUGUCAUUCGCUGGCCCCCUCAUCGUACGGGCGUGCCAUAAGCCUUUCCAAAUAUAUACCAGUUCAUUCAACCAAAACCUCAUGUGUGAUACAAACCUCUGUUUUCAUCUGCUUCUCUCUCUAUUUCCUUCACUUUGUCCAGUCCUCACAACCCCAUAUUCUCAACCCUGACCGGCGGGCAACACCCCCUUCCGAUAUCUCGGAGGCUCAGAACACCCGACCGAGCUGAAUUAUACUGACAGACUAUCAACAGCAUUAGCCAACUUGCAAGUGAUGCCGAUGGCGGCCGGGAUAGCAGCGCCGACGGAUCGAGCACCUGCAGUGGGGCCCACUGUGGUUCCAGUACAAACGCCGCCGAUGAUGGUGGCUGACGCGUUCGCCAAGGACGCGAUUCUCGCCUGGUUUCGAGGGGAAUUCGCAGCUGCCAACGCUAUAAUCGAUGCGCUCUGCAGUCACCUGGCGCAGCUCAGCGGAGGAACAGGAUCUGAUUACGAAGAGGUAUUCGCGGCCAUUCAUCGGAGGAGGCUGAACUGGAUCCCAGUGCUCCAGAUGCAGAAAUAUCACUCAAUCGCUGACGUGUCAGUGGAACUAAAGCGACUAGCGGAGAGGAAAUUGAAUGAAAAGAAUGGUGAAAGUGAAAAGAAGAGUGAGGUGGUGUUGAAGGAGUUGUGUUUGGCUGAGGAAGAAAAAGUCAUUGAAAAAGCGACGGAAAGCACGGAAAAUGGUGUUGAUGAAGGUGGCGAUGGCUACGAGAUUGUGGAGGAGGAUGACUCGCCAGAUAGCGAUAUUACUGAUUCAGGAUCUCAAGAAGUGCAGCCCACUAGUGAUAGCAUUGACAUUUGUUCCAACCAUGAAGAUUGCAAUGUGCGUCCUGAUCAAAUCAAGUUGACAAAAGGAUUCACAGCCAAGGAACAAGUGAAAGGGCACAUGGUGAAUGUUGUUAAAGGUCUAAAGUUAUAUGAGGACGUUUUCACUGAUUCUGAGCUAUCUAAGUUGACUGACUUCGUCAAUGAACUCCGAGUUGCUGGUCAGAAUGGAGAGCUUGCAGGCGAGACUUUUAUUUUAUUCAACAAGCAGAUGAAGGGAAACAAGAGAGAGCUGAUUCAGCUUGGCGUUCCGAUCUUUGGGCACAUAAAGGAGGAAGCUUCAAGCAACAAUCAAACAAGUAACAUAGAACCAAUUCCGGUGCUGCUUGAAGGUGUCAUCAAUCAUCUGGUUCAGUGGCAACUAAUACCAGAAUAUAAAAAACCAAAUGGUUGCAUCAUUCAUUUCUUUGAUGAGGAUGAGUAUUCACAGCCUUUUCAGAAGCCACCCCAUUUGGACCAACCAGUAUCUACUCUUCUCCUGUCUGAAUCAACAAUGGCUUUUGGACGUACUCUUGUGAGUGACAAUGAUGGGAAUUAUAGGGGUCCACUCAUGCUUUCAUUGAAAGAAGGGUCUCUUUUGGUAAUGAGAGGAAACAGUGCUGAUGUGGCAAGACAUGUCAUGUGCCCAUCUCCAAGCAAAAGGGUCAGCAUCACAUUCUUCAAAGUGCGGCCAGAUGCCAAUCCAGGCCAGUCUUCACCAACUAAUUCAGUGGCUGGUGCCAUGACCCUGUGGCAACCGAACAUUCCAAGUCCAUAUGCAAUGCCAAAUGGAGCUCUUGGAGGGUACGAGACAAUGGAUACCAUGACCAAAUGGGGAGUGCUUCGUACCCCAGUGGUGAUGCUAGCUCCAGUGCGCCCUAUGGUGUUGAGUCCAAAAAGGAUCCCUCGCGGUGGGACUGGGGUUUUCUUACCCUGGACUGUAGGAUCAAGAAAACCUGCAAAGCAUCUUCCGCCCCGGGCUCAAAGAGGGCGGCUUCUCGCCUUAGCUUCCAUUGAAACACAUGCGACAGAAUCUGCAUCUGAAACUGGCGUCAGCGUUGAAGGAAAAUAGGCAGGAUAGCAUGAGGCAGCCUUGAUGCCUAAGCAGCAUAAGUUAAGGAUAGGUAUCAAUUGUGCAGUUCUUGCUCUAAAGGAGCUUGUCAUUGCACAAACGAGGCCUGAAUGUGUUGCCAAACAAGUUUGUUAUUUCAAUUCAUUACUCCCUUUUCUCCUUGGUAGAUCGAGUUCUAGCGUUGGUCAGUACACAAUUCUGUGAUGCCAAUCAUGUAGGGCUUUAGGGGUAGUUGAGCUUUUAAGUAUGCAGAGUGUGAAUUAGCUCCUGUAGAGGUCAGAAUUUUGUAUUAGAAAGUCAUUCGGAUUUAAUCUUUUUUUUUCCCCUAAACAAAUUAUCUGUGCUCUUAUUGC